CUGGCAUAUACGUUUGUCGAUCAGAUGCUCAAGACAGGCAAAGUGCGGAAAGAUGUUGAGAAACUGGUGCCACGUCUUAGACUUGUUCGUGCAUCACUUGUCAUUCCUGUUGACAUUGACGACAGCGACUCUCGCGCCAAUUAUCUUAUUGAAGAGAGGAUUAGCGGUACAUUUGUUAAGUAUAUUAACAACAAUUCGGCUGUUCCAGCUCGUAUCCUGGACAGCAAAGAAGCAGAAAUCGGACUAUUCCUGUGCUUCGUGCAACACAUCCAGUAUCGUCUCUCCAAUGAGAUGGUCUACCUCUCUGAUUUUCAGGGCUCCGGUGAUCUUCUUACUGACUGUCAAGUCAUAACGGGCUCAGACUUUGUGAAUAAUUUUGGCGACGGAAACUGCACAGCUGCUUUCAAGAACUUCCGAUCUGAACACCAGUGCAACCAAUUUUGCCGUGCCUUCGGUUUGCAAGCAUUAUCGUAGUCUUGAUAGGAAGACGGAAAUCGCGUCGUCGUGACGGAAACACCUGGGCAGCACGAUGUUACUAGUCACAUAUUGAAUUUCACUUGAUGUUGUGCUAUAAAGUACCUCUGCAAACAGCGGCAGAGCAAAUGUUGGCAUUAACGUUGAAUAUUUGAAUGUCGAACGGCGGAAAUUGAACGUUGAUCGAUCAUCGAUCAUC